AUCCGGACACAUUCUCUUGUUUUGGCAGUUUUGUUUCGAGGUCCGGUGAUUAUCAGUCGAUCAAGAAAACGUAUAUGGGCAAGUGACGAUUUAUUAUAGUCCGAAAGGGGAUGUUGGUGACGUGAGUGUUGGGUAGAGAGAGGAUCCGCAGGUGGACUCAGGGAGCCUGUAAAAUGGCAAAUGGAGAAGAUGACGAUGUUAUUCACCUGGCCAGCUUCAACCUUCACCGUAGCCAAGGCCGGAGGGCCCGGAGACGAGCCUUCAUCACCAUCUCAGACGACUCUGACGAGGAGGCGCUGGUGCUGGUGCAGAGCGGGCGUGUGCUGGUCCCAGACGAGCCUGACGAUGAUGUCAGGAUCCUGGAGCCCAGCAUGGCUCCAGUGAGAAGGCGUAUGAUUCGCCCAGCUGCAUCGUGGACCAGGUCCUCAGGACAUGACCGACCAAUCAGUGGGCGGAGGGAUGUCACUGAGCAAAGUACUGCAAGCUCCGGAGCCACGCCUGCAGUGACCCCUCCAACCCCCCCACUCUCCAGAGACGCACAGACCAACACCACCCAAAUCAGACCUCUGAUCCGAGCUCAGACCCUGCCCCAACCUAUACCCUCCACAUCCACCAACCCUCAGCCUGUACCCUCCACAUCCACCAACCCUCAGCCUGUACCCUCCACAUCCACCAACCCUCAGCCUGUACCCUCCACAUCCACCAACCCUCAGCUUGUACCCUCCACAUCCACCAACCCUCAGCUUGUACCCUCCACAUCCACCAACCCUCAGCCUGUACCCUCCACAUCCACCAACCCUCAGCUUGUACCCUCCACAUCCACCAACCCUCAGCCUGUACCCUCCACAUCCACCAACCCUCAGCUUGUACCCUCCACAUCCACCAACCCUCAGCCUGUACCCUCCACAUCCACCAACCCUCAGCUUGUACCCUCCACAUCCACCAACCCUCAGCUUGUACCCUCCACAUCCACCAACCCUCAGCUUGUACCCUCCACAUCCACCAACCCUCAGCCUGUACCCUCCACAUCCACCCAGCCUCUGACUGCACCUCCCACGGAAGCAGUGGUAUUGACAGAGACCCAGCCUAGCCCCCUCUCCCACCCCCGACCCAGACAAGUUCUACAGCAGGCUCGGUUAAUCUGGGGUCCUCAGGUCCAUCUCAGAGCCCAGGCCCCUGUCCAGGCUCCCCUGGCGGAGCCCCAAGUCGUGGCCAGACCCCAAGCCCUGCAACUCAGGCCCCCCCUCCAGCCAUGCCCUGCCCCCCAGCCCAGACCCCAGGGACCCAGACCCAGCGCUGCGAUGGCACCGACUGUGCUGAUUGCAGCUGCUCCAGAGCGACUUGGACCCCCAGAAACCGGCCAUCGGAUUACCCUGGGCAGCCAGGCUGCAGCAGGGACACAGCCCAACCCUAACACCCAGGACAGAGCUCCCCAGUGGGGACAGAUGCAGGGGGCACCUCCCCUGGAGCCUCAGGUGCUGGUGGUCUACCAGCCAGUGCCAAACCUUGACCCAGUAGCCACUGUUUCCAAUUCAGAAGGGGCAAACCCUGGGGUGCAACCUAACGCCCCAGCCCUGGCCUUAGGCCCAGCCUUAACCCUAGCCCCUAAUGCCCCUGCCUUAGUCCCAGCCCCCAACCCUCCAGCUCCAGCAGCCUUACCCAGGCUGGAGGAGGAGAGGCCAGGGCCCUCAGCACCACGGUGGGGCCAGGGGGAGGAGAGGCCAGUGCCUCCACAUGUCAGAGCUCUGGUCCAGGGGGUGUUGGACCUGCUCCCUGAUGUCCAGGAGAACUACGUAGCAGAGUUGAUCCUGCAGAACGAUAUCAAAGAUUUGAAUGUUGUGUGUAACAUGCUCCUGGAGAACCCAGGAUAUCCUCAGAGAGAAAGCACUGCAUCUUCUCAGAGCAGCAUCCUUCUGGAAGCCAGCAACACAGACACACAGGUGAGUGAGGACCUGUUUGACUACUCCAGGCUGGGGCCUGUGGGGCCUGAGACCCUCAUGCAGGCUGCUGACUUGCUCAUGGGAGACUUCAGAAUGCUCAGCUGCAUCGACAUCAAGUGGGCGCUCAACGCUCUCAAGGGACACUAUGCACUCACACGCAAGGCCUUAUGUGAAGCCCUGAAGAAGUGGCAGGAAGUAGCAGACCCCUCAGGGAAGAAGCGCAGGAGAAGAGACUCCUCAGAGCGCUGCUACAUUGACUUCCUGUUUGAACAUGGCUCAGCUAAGUUCUCCAAGAGGAUGUUCUUCCUGGAGAAGGAUCGGCGAGGCUGCAGAACCUUUAGUACUGCUCUAGAACCUUCUCUGCAGAAGGAGGUCUCCUUCUACCAGCAGAAGACCAAGGAACAAGCAGAGCAUGAGGACUUCCUCUUGGCUCUGCAAGUGAAUGAAGAGCAGUACGAGAAGGACGGCCAGCUGAUCGAGUGUGGCUGCUGCUGUGGAGAGUUUGCGUUUGAGAAGAUGACCCAGUGCUCAGACGGCCAUCUGUUCUGUAAAGAGUGUCUGGUCAAGUACGCUCAGGAGGCUGUGUUCGGCUCUGGAAGGUUGGAGCUGAGCUGCAUGGAGGGGGGCUGUCCCUGCUCCUUCCCCGUGUGUGAACUGGAGAAGGUCCUGCCAGAGAGCAUUCUGGGUAAAUACUACGAGAGACAGGCUGAGGAGGCCGUAGCUGCAACCUGCGCUGACGAGCUAGUACGGUGUCCGUCCUGUCACUUCCCAGCCCUGCUGGACCCUGGCGUGUCUCUGUUCAGCUGUCCCAACCCUCGCUGCAGGAAGGAGAGCUGCAGGAAGUGUCAUGUGCAGUGGAAGCAGCAUGUGGGGAAGUCAUGUGACCAGGUCCUGGAGAGGGAUGAGAUACGCAUGCGGGUGCUCUUUGAGGAGCGCAUGACCGCGGCCCGGGUCAGGAAGUGUGUGAAGUGUGGGACAGGGCUGGUCAAGUCGGAGGGCUGUAACAGGAUGUGGUGUCGCUGCGGUAGCUUCAUGUGCUACCUGUGUCGGGAGCCCAUCUGUGGCUACAACCACUUCUGCCAACACGCCCGCUCCCCUGGCGCCCCCUGCAGGCAGUGCCGCAAGUGCUCCCUCUGGACGGACCCAACGCAAGAUGAUGAGCGCAUCAUUCAGGAGAUCCAGAAGGAGGGAGAGACAGAACUUAACAAGAAGAGUGCAGAGAACUCAGCAAAGAGAGUCGGCCCACCGGCUGCCAAGCAACCACGGAUUGGCCCUCCUGUCCAGAUCGGCCCCGCCCCUCCCCUCCCCCCAGCAGUUCGAGCUCCCCUAUUGGUGCCCCCCCAGGUGGUGCCCCCGCAGGUGGUGCCCCCCCAGGUGGUGCCCCCCCAGGUCCUCCCUCCAGCCCCACCCCAGGCCCGGCUGCUGAUCCCCCUGUACGUUCCCCCCAACCCCCACCUGCGCCCCUUCAACUACAACAUCAACAACAACGUGGAGUUGAACCUGCCCAUGCACUAUGGGCCCCCCCAGUACUACAGACGCUUCUAGCACGCACACACUGCCUUGUACAGAGGCAGGUCUCUGUCUCUACUCUGGAGAACCCUUCAGUUUUCUUUUUCUACUCUUCUGUUGGUGGGCUGAACUCUGCACGUUCUGAGAAGCCCUGAGGGUUAGCAGCCAAACAGACCUCUUUACUGGAAUAAAGAUAUUUUUGAUUCAUACAAUACAAUUUCACAAAAUUGUUCUGUGUAAAAAUGAGAGUGCUGUUUCUGCUUAAUAAACGUUCUUGUUUCCACACUU